AUGGAGGGCACGAUUACGGGAACGACCCCUUCUCUCAAAUCUGUCGACAGUCAGGCGCUCAAAGUCUCCGCUAUUGAGUUCAGGUAUGAAUUCGAGGGCGUCUUCGACCACCUCUUCUACAAAAUUAGACGAAACCCUAAAUUCAGAGGCAGGAGACGGGUCUUCAGAGAAAGAGAGCAUAAUUUAGGACAAACUGCUUCGCAAAGAAGAUCAUCGAUUACAUGGGAUUUGCCAAAGAGUUUCACUACUGAUGUCAAAGCCUCAGACGAGCCGCCAAUCAGUGAAGACUCGGAACAAAAUCAAGAUUUCGAGACCAGAGACGCAGAAUCUGUUGCUCCCAUUACUGAGAGUAAGCAAAACGAGUCGGUCUCUCAAGUAUUUAACAAAUCGGAUAAUUUGGAUGAAAUUCAUAAAGAAUUAAAAAAUGAGGAAAUCAUUGAAGAGUUGAGAGUAAAGGAGAAUAUCAUAGAUAAGAGCGUUUCAAAUGAGUUGCAAACGAGCUAUAAAGGCAGUCAACUUGUAACUGAUAUCCUAACCAUUCAUACGGCUGUAGUGAUGCCGGAGCCAAGUGGAGCACCCAUUGGUUUCAUACAACAAAAAGCUGUUUCCCUCAAAUCUAAAGCACCCAAAGAACAAACCAAUAAAACUACAGAAAAAACUCCUAAAAAGAAGAAAGUCAAGAAAAAAGAUGUUUUAAAAGUUCGCAAAGAUUUGAAUGAAAAUAUUGUGAAUGAAGUGAUUUUAGACAAGAAAAAAGUUUUAGAUUUGACGCCAAAGCGAAUUAAGUUUAGAAAAUAUACUUUCGAUGACUUCAAUCUUCUGAAAGUUCUGGGGAGAGGCAGCUUUGGAAAGGUAUUAUUAGCUGAACUGAAGCAGCAUUCGGUGUAUUUUGCGAUCAAAUGUCUGAAAAAGCAUUCAGUCAUUGAAGACGACGACAUCGAGAGUAUUAUGAUUGAGAGGAAAAAUUAUUUAUGUUUCGCAAUGGAGUGGUGCUGUGGAGGAGAUCUCAUGUUUCACGUGCAGAAGAGCGGCAAAUUCGAUGAAAAUAAAGCCAGGUUUUAUGCAUCAGAAAUUCUGUGUGCCGUCGAGUUUAUGCAUUCAAAAGGCAUUGUCUAUCGAGAUUUGAAAUUAGAUAACAUCAUGAUAGACCAAAAGGGACAUUUAAGACUUGUAGAUUUUGGAAUGUGCCUGGGUCAGAUAUAUCGUGAAGACUUGCUUCCGUCUAAUUUUUGUGGGACUCCUGAAUACAUGGCCCCUGAGAUUAUAAAAGGAGUCAAAUAUAACCAAUCGGUUGACUUCUGGUCUUUUGGUGUUUUGUUGUAUGAGAUGGUUGUGGGCACCUCUCCCUUCCAUGGCACUGAUGAGGAGGAACUCCUGUGGAACUUGCUAAGUAAAGCUCCUGAACAACGGUUGGGAAUGCCUACCUGUCCAGCCGGUUCAAUCCGUAGUCAAACAUUUUUUAAAGGUGUUGAAUGGACUAAAGUAGAGAAAUGCCAAAUAAAGGCACCAUUUAUUCCUGAACUGAGCUCACCCUUUGAUGUCUCCUAUUUUGAUGAGUAUUUUACUAAAGAAGAGCCAAAUCUGACGCCUGUUUGUCCGAAAAUCACUCAAUCAAUCGAUCAAACAUUAUUCGAUGGAUUCAGUUAUACCAACCAUAAGAUGACCGACUGA